AUGGUCUUAUCAAGUUUUUCAGUAUUUCUUGCCGCUCUAAACUUCUCUCUUUCUCUCACCACAUUCCUGGGCAAUGUCCUGAUCCUCUUUGCCCUUCGUAAGGUGAAUUCUAUUCGACCUCAAACAAAGCUGUUGUUUCAAUGUUUGGCAGUCACUGAUCUUGCCGUUGGACUUGCUGCCCAGCCUCUUCUGGCAAUAACUUUCAUACUAGGGGCAGUUAAAAGGAAAAUAAUUCUCUACAUCUAUCAUGUUUCUAUACCGAUGGGUUUUGUUUUGCAAACAGUUUCUGUCCUGACAACGACCGCAAUAUGUGUAGACAGGCUUCUAGCUCUUCUUCUGGGGCUGCGAUAUCCUCAAAUUGUCACAUUCAGGCGUGUCCGACUAGUUCUAUUUUGUUUUUGGUUGCUGAGUAGUGUAAUCAUUGGAUUGAGAUACAGUACAGGAUACGUUGAAACAGCCCGCUCCAUACUUAUUGCCUUGAUGUUACUGUCCUUACUAGUAUCGUUAGCCUCUUACGCGAAGAUCUAUCGCCGUCUCCGACAUCAACAACAGCAAGUACAGAUCCAUGUGCCACAACCACAGCCUCAACCACGAAAUGGAGAAGCAAUUUCACUGAACAUAGCCCGAUACAAGAAGACGGUUUCUAGUAUAGUAUACGUGCAGCUAGCGCUAGGUUUUUGCUAUCUUCCAUAUGUGUCAGUGGGCAUGCUGCGAACAAACGGAAUAAUACCUCCGACCGCCUGGGGUUCAUUAUUUCAUGGAGCUACGAUAACAAUUCUGUGCUUAAAUUCAACUCUAAACCCGAUUCUUUAUUGCUGGAGGAUAAGAGAGGUAAAACAAGCGGUAAAGAGCACGAUCAGACAAUUAAGUUGGUGUUAUUGA